CCCUCUAUAAUGUGUUCACUUCGUAUUUAGUGACGACAAGGAAAUUCUACUUAUGGAGUUUUCUUUCCAGCCAUGGCAUAAAUUCAAGGUAAAGUAAAAAAAUUGGGAAAAAAAUCAUAAAAAGGUUAAAGGGGUGUUUGUUUUGACAUUUUAAAAAUAAUUAUCAAUUGUUGAUUUUAAUAAAAUGAGUUAAAUAUUUUGAAUUAUAAAGUGACAUUAAACUUAGUUUUAAAGUACAUUUGUUUUAUUAUAUUUUUGUAAUACUUUAUUGAAAUAAUAUAAUUUUAAAAUAUUUUUCACCUUAAUACUCUUUAUUUCAAAAUAUCUAUUUUUUUUAUUUUGAUUUAUCGUAAGUUAUCAAUUUUUUAUUUUUUAAAUAAACAAAUAAUUUAUACUUUAACCUUGUCAUUAUUUCUUUAAUUUAAUUAUUUAUCCCAUAAAAAAUGUAUAUUUAUCUUCUUCUUCUUUUUUUUUGUUUGAAUUGGGCAGCGAAGCGCCAGUAUUAGGGGUUUUGCCCCCAUUUAAUUGUUAAAUGUGUACAGUUUAAACUGUUUGAAAUUAUAUAAUAUUUUUUUGUAUUUUUUAAAGCUUGCAAAAAAAAAUAUAUAAAUAUUAUUAAUAAAUUAACAUACUUGUAUAAUUUAUUAAAAACAUUUAAAUAAUUUCACAAAAAAAAUUUCAAUUAUUUUUUUACCUUGGUUGACCUGAAAAUCACUUUUAUGUUAUUUUUUCACCUACUUCUUUUCUUCUUCUUCUUCUUUUUUUUUUUUUUUUCUCAAACUCUAAUCUUGCUCCUGCAAUAACGAUCCUAACUUGUCAAAUUUUGAGAUAAGCCAACAAGUGGCAAGGAAGACUAAAAAUGAAGAAUAAUCUUAAUGGAUCAAAUUAAGAGAGUAAAAGUUUCAUGUUUAACAAAAAUGACAAAAGGGAGAGGAAAAAACAUAAAAAAGCGGGCUGGCAAUCAAGCAGGAAACAGAUCAUCUACCGAAGAAGAGGAAUCCUCAAAACAAUUGGAAGAAGAAAAGGAGGAAAAUAUGCAAACUGGGACUGUCAAUGAGGCAGGCAACAAACGAGGACCAGGACGUCCGUGGCUUCCGCUACUAUCAGCUGAAGUGAUGGAGAUAAAGAGGGAGGAGAAAAGAAAAAAGGAUAGAGAUUAUCGUGCAAAUAAGAAGUGUAAAUUCGUUAGUCUUCAGAAAUUACAAGAACUGGUCAUAAAAUUUUGUGAGAAGCACGAGAUUACUGAAGAGUUCAACGCCUUUUUUGAAAUGCAUGAAGAAAAGGUGUGAUGAUCUUUUGCUUGAGUUUUUUAUCCAAAACUUUUCCUUAUGCAAUAUUAAUUCUAUAUAAAUAUAUACAUGACAAUGAUUAGUAUACCCUCCAAUUCAACACACUGCACAGCACAUCUGGUUUAACCAUCCAAAUUUGUUUUUGGAAGUUUUUCCGUCAUAAAUUUAAAUUUAAAAA